AUGUCAGCGUCGAGUGGGACGAAAAUUAUCGCAAUUAUCGGCGGUACUGGAGCCAUGGGUCGUCCAAUUAUCGCUACAUUGAGUCAAACAAAUCAUUAUAAAUUGCAUGUGUUAACACGUGAUACUCAAAGUGAACAAGCAAAAACUAUUUCGAAAACAUAUCCAAAUGUCGAACUGAUCGAAGGUAAUUAUGCUGAUGAACAAUGUGUACGAAAAUUGUUCACAUCCGUCUAUGGCGUGUUUUGUAAUACCGAUAUUUGGAGUUGUGGUGGCUAUCAAAAUGAGAUCGAUCUAGGAAAGAUGAUAUUCAACAUUGCUAAAGAAAUGAAUGUACAACAUUUCAUCUACAGUUCACUUGAUCAUACACAAAAAUUGUUGGUUAAUCAUGGUGGAUAUCGAUGCUAUCAUUAUGAUGCCAAAGCAAUUGUAGCUGAAUACAUUGAAUCUCAUGAUCCAAAACAACAAAUACCAUGGACAAUAAUUACCACAGCUCCAUAUUUCGAAAAUUUUCAAUCAGUUUUUCUUCCAAAAAUAGAUCCUACUGAUCCUGAUCAACUGAUAUUUAUCUUUCCUAUGGCCGACAAACCUAUCGUCCUGGUGGCUCUUGACGAUAUUGCUUGGUUCGUUAAAUACAGUUUCGAAAAUCCGGACAAAUCUAUUGGAAAAAAUUAUCACAUUGCUGGUGAUAAUAUUACAAUGGAUGAACUUGUUCGAACUUUCAGUGAAGAAUUUGAUUCAUCAUUAAUGAAACAUGUUCAUCAUAAUGUAACUUGUUUACUUGAUUUACCAGAUGAAAUUGUUCUUCUAAUAUGUCGUUAUUUGACACCAGUUUGUGUUCUUUAUUCAUUUUAUACUUCUGAAAGAGCUGAAUAUCGUCUUCAUCGUAUUAUUUCUAAUUAUUAUACAAAAAUAAAAAUUGAUAGAAUAACAAAUAAUAGAUUUAUGUAUUUAGCAAAUUUAUUUAGUUAUUCAAAAAUUCCUCUUCGACCUCAAUCAUUGAUAUUAAGUAAUGAACAUGUAACUUAUUUAAUACAACGUUAUUUUAAUGAUAUGAAUACAAAUACAAUCAAUUCAAUUUUUACCAAUCUGAGAUCUCUAACAUUAAUUAAUUGUUUUUCAAUUGAUCUUGAUAUUCUUGCCAAAUUUUAUUUCAAUAUGACACAAAUUGAAUAUCUUCAUAUUACUUUUCGUAGAAUUGGUGAUGAUAUGAGUAAGUAG